UAUAUAUCUAAUAUACGGAGCGUCCCGAGUGACGGCACUGACGGCACGCCGCCACACGCCGCAUUGCCGGAGUCCGGAGCGUUGUCCGUGACGGCAUUGAUGUUGCAUUUCUGUGGCGUUUCUACGCGCCCGUGAGAAAAACACGGUGGUGAACAGCAGUGAACGGACGUGUGAAGGUAGAGAAUACGAGAAGGACAAGCGGCGUCGCCGAAAUUGCGAAGCGUCGUACUUCUCGUACUUCUCGUCGUUGUCAUCGUGAUUGUCGUGUCUCGUUGUCGUCAUCGUUAUCGUCGUCCUCGGUGCCGAGAAGCGGACUCGCUGGGGUAUGGCGUCGGACGAGGAGAUGGACGAAAACUACGCGGGAGAGGAUGACAUGGACGAGACUGGAGGACAAGUAUCAAAUGUUGGCCAGCAAGUAGAUGGAUCAUCUGAGGCUGAAGAAUCUCAAAGACUAGAAGAAGAUGAUGAUUAUGAACCAGAAGAGCGAAAAAAGAAGAAGGGGAAAAAGCGAAAAGCACGUAGUGAGGAUAAAAAAGGAAAGAAAAAGAAGAAAAAGAAAAAAUCUGAUUCUGGAGAUGAAAGUGAUUUCGGUGGCGGUGAAGCGGGUGACGCGGCUGGUGAAGAUAGCGACUAUGCAGUCAAUAGAAAAAGCAGAAAAUCAUCGUCUAGAAAAUCUUCCAGCCAUAAUACAUCGACCACUCAGAGUCAAGAACCUACAACAGGCAUGCCCACGAUCGAAGAAGUGUGCAAUACAUUUGGUUUAACAGAUGUACAAAUUGAAUAUUCCGAUGCCGAUUUCCAAAAUUUAACGACAUACAAACUGUUUCAACAGCAUGUCAGACCGCUCUUGGCAAAAGAAAAUCCGAAAGUUCCAAUGUCAAAACUUAUGAUGUUGGUGGCAGCCAAGUGGCGCGAUUUCUCUGAAUUAAAUCCACAUACGCAACCAGAUGCAGAUGUGUCAUCCACAAAUGUAGAUGAUGAUAGUAGAAACGCUAGAACUAAUCGAAGUGGUGCUAUGCAAGAAGCCGAAGAGGAGGAGGAAGAUGACGAGGACAGUGACAGAAAGAGAAAAUCACGAGGUUCGAGAGCGAAAAAAGGGAAAAAGGCGUCGAAAGUACCAACGCUUAAGAUUAAGCUUGGGAAACGUAAACGAGGCAGUUCGGACGAAGAAGCAGAAGGUAGUGCUGCUGGUUCCGCGGCGGAUUCAGACAUGGAGUUCGAGCAAAUGUUAGCUGAUGCGGAAGAAACUCCGGGUGCGGUAGAACCUCCAGCCGAACCGCCAGUUCGCAGAAAGGCGAAAACCAAAAUCGGCAACAAGACUAAGAAAAAGAAGAAGACAAAGACAACUUCCAAGUUCCCGGAUGGAGAGGAAGGUCUCCAGACUGACCACCAGGAUUAUUGUGAAGUAUGUCAACAAGGCGGCGAAAUUAUAUUGUGCGAUACAUGUCCCAGAGCAUACCAUUUAGUGUGCUUAGAGCCCGAAAUGGAAGAAACACCAGAAGGAAAAUGGAGUUGUGCUCAUUGCGAAGGAGAAGGCGCAGCAGAAGAUGACGAUGAACAUAUGGAAUUCUGUAGAGUGUGCAAGGAUGGCGGAGAAUUAUUAUGCUGUGACAGUUGUACAAGCGCGUAUCACACGCAUUGUCUGAAUCCUCCUCUAUCAGAGAUUCCUGACGGCGAUUGGAAAUGUCCUAGAUGCUCUUGCCCACCAUUAAGAGGAAAAGUGGCAAAAAUAUUAACUUGGAGAUGGAAAGAGAGCUCAGAUACUCCAUCGGAGGAACCCUCCACGAGCAAGGCUGCACCUAAGCAAAGAAAAAUGCGUGAAUUCUUUGUUAAAUGGGCCGAUAUGUCUUAUUGGCAUUGCGAUUGGAUAACAGAAUUACAACUUGACGUUUUUCAUCCUCUUAUGUACAGGAAUUAUUAUCGUAAAUAUGACAUGGAUGAACCACCGAAGUUGGAGGAACCGUUGGAUGAAAGUGAUUCUCGUGUGAAGCGUUUGAAAGAACAAGACGGUGCCACUAACAGGGAUGAGUACAAUUUGGAAGAACGUUUCUAUCGUUAUGGUGUGCGUCCAGAGUGGCUGGGAGUUCACAGGGGGAUCAAUCAUCGAUUGCAAAGAGAUGGCAGGGCUACGUAUCUCGUGAAAUGGAGAGAACUCGGUUACGACCAGGCAACGUGGGAAAAUGAACAUGAGGACAUCCCUGGCUUGAAACAAGCCAUAGAAUACUAUCUAGAUCUCAGAGCCGCCAAUUGUUGUGAUGUUAGUUCGUCACGUAAAGGGAAAAAAGGUAAAGGCAAGAAAUCAAAAACACGCGAGUUGAUUGAUGAUGAAGAAAGGACUCCGAAACGAUACACACCACCGCCAGAUAAACCUACAACGGAUCUCAAAAAGAAGUACGAAAGACAGCCAGAGUAUUUGGAUCAGACUGGAAUGCAAUUGCAUCAUUAUCAAUUAGAGGGUCUAAAUUGGUUGAGAUAUUCAUGGGGUCAAGGCAUAGAUACGAUUUUGGCCGAUGAGAUGGGUUUGGGAAAAACUAUUCAAACCAUAACAUUCUUAUAUUCCUUGUACAAAGAAGGCCAUUGUAAAGGGCCCUUUUUAGUCUCUGUUCCCUUGUCUACUAUCAUUAAUUGGGAACGUGAAUUCGAGACUUGGGCACCUGACUUUUAUUGUGUUACUUAUGUGGGUGACAAAGAUAGCCGUAUCGUGAUUCGUGAAAAUGAAUUGUCAUUUGAAGAAGGUGCUGUGCGUAGUGGACGCGCCUCUAAAAUCCGAUCGUCUUCGAUUAAAUUUAACGUCUUGCUUACAAGUUAUGAACUAAUUUCCAUAGAUUCAGCGUGUUUAGGGUCCAUUGAUUGGGCUGUUUUAGUCGUGGAUGAAGCUCACAGAUUGAAGUCUAAUCAAUCAAAAUUCUUUAGAUUACUAGCUUCCUACAAUAUUGCGUAUAAACUUUUGCUGACUGGUACCCCACUACAAAAUAAUUUGGAAGAAUUGUUCCAUUUAUUGAAUUUCUUAUGCCGUGACAAAUUCAAUGAUUUAGCAGCGUUCCAAAAUGAAUUCGCAGAUAUUUCAAAGGAAGAACAAGUUAAGAAGCUACAUGAAAUGCUUGGUCCACAUAUGUUGCGGAGAUUGAAAGCUGAUGUAUUGAAGAACAUGCCUAGCAAAUCUGAAUUUAUUGUUCGUGUCGAAUUAUCGCCGAUGCAGAAAAAAUAUUACAAAUACAUUUUAACGAGGAACUUUGAAGCUCUCAAUCCAAAAGGAGGUGGUCAGCAAGUAUCAUUGUUAAAUAUAAUGAUGGAUCUCAAGAAAUGCUGCAAUCACCCAUACUUGUUUCCCGCUGCAUCACAAGAAGCACCGACUGGACCAAACGGAAGUUAUGAGACAUCGGCUCUAAUUAAAGCAGCUGGUAAAUUGGUUCUCUUGAGUAAAAUGCUGAAGAAACUGCGAGAUGAUGGACAUCGAGUUCUUAUAUUCUCUCAAAUGACUAAGAUGUUAGAUAUCCUUGAAGAUUAUUUGGAGGGUGAGGGAUACAAAUAUGAAAGAAUAGAUGGUAAUAUAACGGGUGCGCAACGUCAAGAAGCCAUCGAUAGAUUUAACGCUCCUGGUGCACAACAGUUUGUCUUCUUACUUUCUACGCGCGCUGGUGGUUUAGGUAUUAACUUAGCAACGGCAGAUACUGUGAUUAUUUACGAUUCCGAUUGGAAUCCACACAACGAUAUCCAAGCGUUCAGCAGAGCUCAUAGGAUAGGCCAGGCCAACAAAGUUAUGAUCUACCGAUUUGUCACACGUAAUUCUGUGGAAGAAAGAGUAACACAAGUAGCUAAGCGCAAGAUGAUGCUCACUCAUUUGGUUGUGCGACCAGGCAUGGGCGGCAAAGGCGCCAAUUUUAGUAAACAAGAGCUUGAUGAUAUUUUACGUUUUGGUACGGAGGAAUUAUUCAAGGAAGAAGAGGGUAAAGAAGAUGAAGCUAUACAUUACGACGACAAGGCUGUCGCCGAAUUAUUGGACAGAAGUAAAGAGGGUAUCGAGCAGAAGGAGAAUUGGGCUAACGAGUACUUAAGUUCCUUCAAAGUUGCCUCGUACGUAACAAAGGAAGGUGAAACAGAGGAAGAAGCAGAUACAGAAAUAAUUAAGCAAGAAGCGGAAAAUACAGAUCCAGCAUAUUGGAUCAAGCUGCUUAGACACCAUUACGAGCAGCAACAAGAAGAUAUCGCUAGAACACUUGGAAAAGGCAAACGAGUACGUAAACAAGUUAAUUACACGGAUGGUGGUGUAACCGGCGACCAAGGCGCAAGAGAUGAUCAACCAUGGCAGGAGAAUCUGUCGGAUUAUAAUAGUGACUUUAGCGCGCCCAGUGAUGACGAUAAGGAGGAUGAUGACUUUGAUGAGAAGGGUGAAGGAGACUUGUUAUCUCGCAGAAGCAGACGAAGAUUGGAGAGACGCGAUGAAAAGGACAGACCUCUGCCACCACUACUUGCCAGAGUAAAUGGAAAUAUCGAGGUACUAGGUUUUAAUGCUAGGCAACGGAAAGCAUUCCUCAAUGCAAUUAUGCGUUAUGGAAUGCCGCCUCAAGAUGCUUUCAACUCUCAAUGGUUGGUGCGCGACCUGCGUGGCAAAUCUGAGAAGAAUUUCAAAGCCUAUGUUUCUCUUUUUAUGAGACACCUUUGCGAACCAGGUGCUGACAAUGCAGACACGUUCGCUGAUGGUGUUCCACGAGAAGGUCUCAGUCGACAGCAUGUAUUAACGAGAAUCGGCGUUAUGUCCUUGAUUAGAAAGAAGGUACAGGAAUUUGAGCACAUUAAUGGCUAUUAUUCAAUGCCGGAGAUGAUACGUAAACCAGUAGAACCUGUCAAAGUCGGAGAAGGAGUUGGAGAUGCAGCGACAGGUACUAGUAGCACUAGUGCUACUCCAGCCACUUCGAAUGCUCCUAGCCCUAGCCCCGCUGCCACACCAACUCCGACUUCUGGUACAAGCAACGAGACUAAUAAAGUGAAUUCUGAUUCAUCUGAAGUUAAGGAAUGUAAGGAUGAAUCAAAAGAUAAAGAGAGUGGUGAUGCAAAAGAUUCAAAGGAAGAUUCGAAAAUUUCUAAAGAGGAGGAGGAACCAAGUUCCGAGAAAGACAAGGAAAAGGAGGAAAAAAAAGAAGAAAAAGACACUGAAACGGAGAGCACAGACAAGGAGAAAGACAAAUCUGAGAUAAAAGAGGAGAAAACUGUAUCGAAACAUGAUGAUAAAGUGGAGAAUAAUGAGAUUAAGAAAUCCGAACCGGAAGAAGAUGUUGUUAUCGUUAAAGAUGAUGAAGAAGAAGUUGAAAAACGAGAAGAGAAGGAUAACAAAGAAAAGGAUGUAAAGGACUGUGAUCAAGAAGUGAUGAAACCUAAACGUAAAUUUAUGUUUAACAUAGCUGAUGGUGGUUUUACAGAAUUGCACACGCUUUGGCUGAAUGAAGAAAAGGCAGCGGCGCCUGGUCGCGAAUACGAUAUUUGGCAUCGUCGACACGAUUACUGGCUUUUGGCGGGUAUUGUCACACAUGGUUAUGGGCGUUGGCAAGAUAUUCAAAACGAUAUUCGAUUCGCAAUUAUCAACGAACCAUUCAAGAUGGACAUGGGAAAAGGUAACUUUUUGGAGAUCAAGAACAAGUUUUUGGCAAGGCGUUUUAAACUCUUAGAGCAAGCUUUGGUAAUUGAAGAACAGUUGAGGCGAGCUGCCUACUUGAAUCUCACACAAGAUCCUAAUCAUCCUGCUAUGAGUCUUAAUGCGCGAUUUGCUGAAGUUGAAUGUCUUGCUGAAUCCCAUCAACAUCUUAGCAAGGAAAGUCUCGCCGGUAAUAAACCGGCGAACGCUGUGUUACAUAAGGUAUUGAACCAAUUGGAAGAAUUGUUGUCUGAUAUGAAAUCAGACGUAAGUCGUUUACCAGCAACUCUGGCUCGUAUCCCACCAGUCGCUCAGAGACUUCAAAUGUCUGAGAGGUCAAUAUUAAGUCGUUUGGCGGCCACGGCACCCGGUGCCACUAGUUCUCAAACAGGACAGGCUGCAUUACUGGCUCAACAAUUCCCGGCUGGUUUCUCCGGAGGACAGUUGCCAGCCACUUUCGCAGGUGCUGUUAAUUUCGGGAAUUUUAGACCACAAUACUCAGUUCCGGGGCAACCACCGCAAGGCUUUACAGGUUCGUGA